AGAUAACCCAGGGAGUAUAUACUGGUUAUAGAGAGCAAAGCAUGCUUCAACUGAGACACAUAUCCAAGGUACUUUCGCAAGGGUUGGGCAGCAGCAACUCCAGGACGUCGCCGCUCUCGAUAUCGCUUCUUUCGAGCAACGGAUUACCAUUAAGUACGGUGAGAGUACCGAAUCAAGAGAAAGAACAUUUAACUAAUGACAACUUGAAGAUAUACUCAUUAUUGGCACUUAACCAGUUGCGCCAGCAGAACGACGACGAGUGGGGGUUAUUGGAGCUAGACGAGAACUUGAAGGUGGUGAUUUCGAAAUUGGAAUUGAAAAAUUACAUAAAUAAAGAACAAAUUGAAGAUAAAAGGGAAGAGGGAUUAUACGUUGUUAUAUUUUACGAUAGCAUGUUCUCAGAUGCCGAAGCCAAAUUAAGAUUGGAUAAUUUAUGUAGUGCGUUGAGUCAGGGAUUAGAAGGGUAUCGAGGGUGAACUACAAUGGGUAAAUCAUUUAUAUCGGUAUUAAAAGUAUGAGAAAUAAAAGAAUACCAAAAGAAUAAAGAGAUCAAUUUGUAGUAAUACUAAAUAAUAAUAAUAAAAGUAGUGGUAGUAAUAUAAAGAUAAAGAUCAAAAGAACAG